AUGGGCAAAUCAAGUAAAGUAAAUAUAACUGUUAGAAAUAAACUUGAGAAAAGAAAUUCAUCUUUAAGAAAUAUAUCGUAUUCCGAUUCGGACAGUAGUAAUAUAAACUUAAUGCCGGAAACAUCUCCAAGAAGUUUACCUGAUACUACCCUACUAGAAAAUUCACAAAUUAUAGAUCUUAAAAAUGAAAUUGAUCAAUUAACUCUGCAACUGACCAGUGCACAUAAUGAAAUUAUGGAGUUAAACUUAGAAAAUACAAAUUUAAGAAAAACCCUAGAACAGUACCAGAAAAAAGAAAGUGUUUACAAGAAACUACUCGACAGUCCACUCAAACACGGCGCUAUUUCCAAAUCCUGCAAAAAAAGCCUAAAGAAGACAACUCUAGUAUUAACCAAAAUUCAAUAUUUAAAACAGUUCUAUCUGAAAAACCCAGUUCUGAUCUUACUGUCCAAGAGAAGAAUGAAUGUUCUUUAG